AUGGUAAAGCGCGUACUUGUAGGAUAUGGCAUCGAUGUGGAUGCAGUUAGUGGCUGGAUCAAUACGGAAGAUGGCCAUAUACCUGACAUGACUGACAUUUCGCGUGGUAUCUUCGGCGCGACCGUGGGAAUUGAUCGACUUCUAAAAUUGUGGGAUAAAUACAAUAUAAAAACCUCGUGGUUUGUUCCAAUUCAUUCACUUGAGUCGUUCCCGGGUCAAAUGGUCAAGAUCCGCGAUGCUGGACAUGAAAUCGGCCUGCACGGGUAUACACACGAACAUGUGGAUAUGUUAACAGAGCAACAAGAGCGCGACGUGCUUGCCAAAUCAAUUGAAGCAGUGACCGCUCUCACUGGAAAGCCCCCGAAAGGAUGGACUGCACCAUCUUGGAGAACCUCACCUCGCAGCAUCAAACUAUUGGAAGAGUUCGGUCUGGAAUAUGACCACUCAUUUAUGCACCACGACUCACAACUCUACUAUGUUCCGUACAACUCAGGGGAACUAGUUCCCACUGACCUCUCCAAGCCUGCCGAGCACUGGAUGAAGCCAAUGGGCAAACUCAACCCCAGCAAAAUCGUGGAAGUACCUGCAAAUUGGCAUCUGGAUGACUGGCCACCUUUUCAACUUGAGAAUGGCCCAUCCCAUGGAUAUGUGGAUCCGGAUGUCAUUGAGCGACUCUGGAAGGCCCAGUUCGACUUCUUGUAUCAAGAAUAUGAUACAUUCGUUUUCCCGAUAUCAAUUCACCCCCAGGUUAGCGGAAAACCUCAGGUAAUUAUGCUCCAUGAGAGGCUCAUUGAGUAUAUCAAUUCGCACGAAGGAGUGGAAUGGUGUACAUUUGAGCAGAUGGUAAAGGAGUUCAAAGAGGGUAGAAUUGAAGGGUUUCAGGUGGAGGGUGGAGUUGAAUAA